CAGGUGGGUGGGGUGAGGUACAAAGCGGCGUGUGGGUUCCUGCUCUCUCCAACCUUCCUGGGGUUUGCUAAUCUCGUGUUCCUGGUGUAAUCUGCGCUGGCAUGGGUGUCGUGGGAAGAACUCGGGGAGACCCAGGAACCCCAGAAAUGGAUCCACUGGCCAUUGAGGAUGUGGUUCUGACCUUCACCCUGGAAGAGUGGGCCUUACUGGAUUCUUCACAGAAGAAACUCUACAAGGAUGUGAUGCGGAAAACUUUCAAGAACCUGGCCUUCAUAGGAAAAAAAUGGGACACUCAUGACAUUGAAGAACUGUAUAAAAACCAGGGGAGAAAACUAAGAAAUUAUAUGGUAGAGAAACUCUGCAAAAAUAAAGAGGGUAGUCAAUGUGGAGAAAACUUUAUUCUUGUUUCAGAUAGAAAUCUGAACAAGGAAACCACCGGAGUGAAACCACAUGAAUGCAGCACAUGUGGCAAAGUCUUCAUGCAUCACUCAUCCCUGAAUAAACAUGUCAGAUGUACUGGACACAAAUGUUACAGCUAUCAGAAAUAUGGGAAGAAGCUGUAUAGAUGUAAGGUGUGUGGGAGAGCCUUCAGUUAUCGUCAAUGGGCUGAAAAACAUGAGAGAAGUCAUAAUAAAGAGAACAAGUAUAAAUGUAAGGAAUGUGGGAAAACAUUUUCUGCUCCUGCAUCCCUUCAAGCACAUAAAAGGAUUCACACAGGAGAAACACCCUACAAAUGUAAGGAAUGUGGGAAAGCCUUCAUGUGGCAGACAGGAUUUCGGAGACACAUGAUAAUGCACACUAGGGAUUCUCCAUAUAAAUGUCAGGAAUGUGGUAGAAAUUUCAGUUGUUCCACUUCGUUGAGGGCACAUGAAAGAACUCACACUGGUGAGAGACCCUAUCAAUGUAAGGAGUGUGGAAAAGCCUUUAGAUCUCACAGUUCCUUACAAAUACAUGAAAGAACUCACACGGGAGAGAAACCACAUAAAUGCAAGCAGUGUGGUAAAGCCUUCAAUUGUCCCAGUUCUUGCCGAAAACAUGAAAGAGCUCAUACGGGAGAGAAACCUUACGAAUGUAAGGAAUGUGGGAGAACCUUUGGUGGCCUCUCAGGCAUUCGUGUACACAUGAUCACUCACACUGGAGAAGGACCUUAUAAAUGUAAGGAAUGUCAGAGAGCUUUUAUUUCUCCCAGUUCAUUUCGAGUACAUGAAAGGAUUCACACUGGGGAGAAGCCUUAUAAAUGUAAAGAAUGUGGUAAAGCCUUUAGUUACUACUCUUCCUUUCAGUUACAUGAAAGAACCCAUACUGGAGAGAAACCCUAUGAAUGCAAGGACUGUGGGAGAAGCUUCCUGCGUUACCAAACCUUAAAACGACACAUGGGAUUGCACAUGGGAGAGAAACCCUAUGAAUGUCAACAAUGUGGGAAAGCCUUUAGGUAUUACCUUCCCUUCCAAAAGCAUGAAAGAAGUCAUUCUGUAGAGGAAACCUGUGAGUGUAAGCAAUGUGGCAAAACCUACAGAGAUUACAGUUCCUUAGAAACACACAAAAGAACUCAUAAUGGAGAGAAACCCUAUGAAUGUAAACAAUGUGGUAAAGCCUUCAGAUGUUUAUCUUGGUUUGGGAAACAUGAAAAGACUCAUACUGAAGGGAAACCUAAUGAAUGCAAGGACUGUGGAAAGGCCUUCUCUCGUCCCCAGACCUUGAAAAUCCACAUGAGAGUGCACACUGGAGAAAAACCCUAUGAAUGCCAACAGUGUGGUAAAGCCUUCAGAUACUCCUCUUCCUUCAGAAUUCAUAAGAGAAAGCAUCAGAGAAAUCCUUGGAAUGGUGGCAAUGUGGCGAAGCCUACAGUUCCUUAGAAACAAACAAAAACUUCAUGAGAAGCCUUAUUAAUGUCAAACUUUGAAGAGCUUCAGGUGUUUUUGAUGACAUGAAAGAAAUCACACAGCAAACCCUGAAUAGAAACAACAUAGUCUUCUCAGGUUUUUAAAUACAUGAACUCGCACUGAAGAGGAAUUCUGUGAAUUUAAAUGUGAUAAAGCCUUUGUCACACAGCCCUUCAAAGAUAUGUGUGAUGCACACCUGAGAGACACGCAGGUAAGGAGUGUGGAAGGACUAGUCAUCCCAGUUCCUUCCAAAGGUAUGAGAGGACUCCCUGUGUAAAAAUGAGUGUAAACUGUGGGAACAACAUCUAAUAGUCUACAGCCUUACAUGUGAGAACUGACUGACCAAAACAAAAAUAUAAGUAGAAUGAAAAAGCCAAAUGGAAAUUAAUCCAUGUAUAAUGUUCCAGACAACAGCACAAAAGAGUUAUUAAUAAAGUUGUAACCAGCUCUGACCAAGUAGGUCAGUUGGUUAGAGCAUCAUCCAGGUACACCAGAGUGGUGGGUUCAGUCCCCAGCCAGGCCACAUACGAGAAGCAGCCAUUGGAUGCCUAAAGGAGUGAAACAAGAAAUUGUGAAUAUUGAAGGGACAGUAUUAUACAAUGAAUAUGUACUAUUCAAAAAUAGUAUAUAAGAUUAAUAGGUAGUAUUUUAUUCUUAAAUCUAUUUAAAACUUUUAUUUGAACCUGUUGGAUUGAUGGGUGAGUUGAAGUGUAUUUCAAAUAUGCAUUUAGGUUUAAUUUUUAUUCAUUAUGUGCUAAGAGGCCAUUGAAAUUCGACAGUAUGGUAUUGGGAUUUUCCUACUGGCCUUGUGGCAAUUCCUAUAAAUCCCUAGUUCAUUAUAUAUAUUCUACCUUUCUUAGUGACAAGGUUUCUCUCUUGAAUUUCAAGUAAAAGAGCCUUUCUUCAUAAUUCUAAACAGUCGGAAUAGUUGUUAUGGCAAGUUUAUGAAAGAAUAUGGUUUCAUGUGAGUUAUUUUCACAUUUGGACUUUACUUUUGCUUCUUUUUUUCUGACUAUUUGCUGAAUAGACUUUAAGAAGAGAGACCUGUGAUAGGACAAAAAUCUAGAGCUGGGAUGUAGCCCUGCAAGUAAUGUUAUUAGCUGGUUUUUCCAAAAUUCAUCCCUUUUAUGUUUCCUUCUUAGAAUUCACCAGAAUUGCACAAGACUUCCGAAAGAGCAGCAAAGAAGGCAUUAGUCAGAUUUUGGAGCUAUCAUUCAGGGAGAGCUACAUAGGAGUUUCAAAGACACCAUAUUUUAUUCCAUGUUUAGGAUUUUGGUUUUUGUACUUCCAAUCAAAAGUAUCCUCAAAAUGGCCCUGGCAGGUGUAGUUCAGUGGAUUGAGCAUGGGCCUGCAAACCAAACAACCGCGGUUCGGUUCCCAGUCAGGGCACGUGCCUGGGUUACAGGCCAGUUCCAGUCAGGGGACGCAUGAGACACAACGAUACAUUGAUAUUUCUCUCCCUCUCCCCUUCCCUUCUAAAGAUAAAUAAAAUCUUUUUUAAAAAAGUAUCCUCAAAACCACCAACUAUUUUAUAUUCAUUUUCUAAGAGAUAAAGAUUUCCCACUGAUUUUCAGAAGACCCACAUCAAAGAUCCAUCAGAGUUUAGAUUUUUUUGUCAGCGCUCUUGUCCACUAGGAAACUGAUUCAGACUCUUACACUUGGGAAUAUUGUCUGUUUCCCCUGUUCUCUAGAUUAUGUCCAUUUAAGGUCUGGUUUGUACAGGGAACACCUCAUAUUGUCAGCAGUGCCAGUGAGCAUGUGGUCCUGAUUCACUGACAUCUACAAUUGUGUGCUCACGGAGAAGGAUGCAGGAGUUUGCUUCUCCACUGCAUUGUACACUGGCUGCCUUGAUGUGGCCCUUUCACCUGAGAAAUGUGAGAAGCAGCACAUUUUUUCCCUUCCGGAAGACUGGUGGGGAGGGGCCCUGUUACUUGUAGCUGAAUGUAUUCUUUCAAUGUUUUUUAUUACUUUAGAUGAUUUGUGAUUAAAGCUAUGUGUAGCUUUUUUUUUGGUCAAAGAAUGUUUCCAUUUUUCUAUUUCAGGAAUAUUUUCUUACUGUUUUCUAAGUCAUCAAGAGCAAAUAUUACACAUGUGCACCACUUAACAAUGGAGCCACUUUAUGAGGAAUGCAUCGUCAGGUGAUUCUGUUGUGCAGACAUCAUAGUGAGCUUACAUGAACCUACAUGGCAUAGCCCACUGCACGCCUGUACUGUGCGGUGGAGUCUGCUGCUCCUAGGCUGCACAUCUGUGCAGCGUGUUACUGUGUUGAGUACAAAUGGAAAUUGUAACACAGAGGAACUUGUGUAUUUAAACAUCUAAACAUGGAAGAGGGGACAGUAAAAAUAUAAAAGUUUUUUAAGUGGUACACCUGUAUAGGACACUUAACUGUGAAUGGAGCUUGCAAGACUGGAAGGCACUGUAGGUGGGGCCAUGAGUGAGUGGUGAGCAAAUGUGAAGGUCCAGGGCAUCACUACGCUGCUGUACAC